AUGCCUCGCAGAACGCUCAACAUGCACUCGCUAGUGCGAGGCCGUGUUCGUACUUCGAUGAACAAGCAUAAUCUAUUCAAUUUGUACAAGAAAUCGAAGCCAUUCUUCAGAAAUAUGACCCUCUAUCAACAAAAGUGGUCGUCCAAACAAGAGACAAGAGCAUAUCACGGGGAACAAGUCAACGAGGGAAGAUGGAGUACACUUUUUCAGCACAAAUUGCAAGGUGUGGCUCAAUUGGAUGCUUCUUUGAAGGGAAGUGUUCUACCAACACCUAUGGUUCUACAAACCUAUGCACCUUUGGAGAAGAGACUAGACGUGGCCCUUUUCAGAGCCAUGUUUGCAUCCUCUGUUCGCCAAGCCAGAGCUUUUAUAUUGGGAGGUCACGUGAAGGUGAAUGGUGUGGAUAUCAAACAUCCUGGAUUUACUUUGACGCCGGGUGACAUAUUUGCUGUUGAUCCUGAAAGAGUUCUGGAAGCACUAGGUAGAUCUAAGCCAAGUCUAAAAGAAGCAUACAAAGUGGAUAAGUUGCAGGUUAUUCAGUGGCAGAAAUUUGUUCAGAAAGCUAAAGAGGAUCCAAGAGGAACUUGGGAGAAGCAGAAAGACAAGCAUAGAAAGAACCAGAAUUUAUAUUCAGGUAAGUUCGUGCCAGAAAAGUCACAAAAGGACUCUACCGACGUCAAACAGAGAUUGGAUAGCUUGCAGGAGUUGAAGUUGAAGAAGAUGAAAGAAGUGCAACAUUCUGUGAGCCGUAAAUCGGUUCUCCGAGAUAUUUAUACGACUUCCAAAAGGCUUGUAGAUCAGUCAAAGGACGUCACAGCGGCAAGUUUUGAAGAACAGUUUGGCAAGCAACUCUCCGGCAAAUGUUUUCAAGUUUACGAGUUGUUGGCCAAGGAAAAUAAGACCAUGGAGCUUGAACCGGAGAAGGCCACAGAGGAGAUGAACAAGAUUGUGCCAGUGUAUAAAGAGGGUAAGCCACAGGGAGAGUAUUAUGAUGAUUUGAGGUCUAAGAAGCUUAGACAGCUACUCUCGGAAUUGAAUACCAAAUACUUGGACAAAGUUAGAGACGAUUUCACUAACAAACCGUUGUCUGAGGAUGAAAUCAUCAGGAUGUGGUCUACCUCAUUGAGGAAGCAUCCAAAGAUUCCAGACUUCUCCGAGAUCCAAGAAAAGGGAUUCUACUUUCUUAAUCUGCCUUGGCAGCACGGAAUGUAUGGACUCAAGGACCCUUCUAAGCCUUAUUUUACACCUUGGAAUCCAAGACAGUUUCUGUCACCGUUUGCCAUUCUCCCCAAGCACAUUGAGGUGUCGUUUAUAACGUGCCAUGCCGUGUAUUUGAGAGAUCCAGUGGCCAGACCUGGAGAAUCUGAGGUCAUUUCUCCAUUUGAUGAGGAUAUUCAUGAAAGAGCAUAUAUGUACUAUGUGAAGAAUGGUAUGUAA